UGUACAGUAAGCUGAUAACAACUCAGCCUAUUCUGAGAGCCUUCCCAGCGACUUUCCCCCUCCAUCUCAUUUACAACCACGGUUUGAAACACCCACUGUGGCAUCUUUGCUUCCUCAAACACCUCAACAGCCGAAGUGUUCCACCUCUUCAUCCAUGCUGUGGAGCACCGGGCUCCGGCGAACGGGCUCCGGCUCCAGCCAUGUCGGCGAAGGACGCUGCGGAUGGCGGCGGUGACGGCGUAGGAGAGGAACCGGCAGAUGUGCCGGUUGGUGACCGUCAGCCCAUGUCCAGCUCCCUGCUGAGCCUCAUGACUCCGUCGACUGCUGCUAGAGUGUCCCUGAGCGUGGGUGUGCAUCGGAAGCGGAAGGGCAGCGUAGAUAACAACGAAUCAAAGUCCUGCAAUGACACUGACAUGAAUGAUGACCAAGAUGGGUCUGAGGAAGAUGACCAACAUGUGAAAAUUAAAUGUCUCAAGGAGCCCCACAGCCUGACAGAAAAAAAAAGACGAGACAAGAUGAACUAUCUCAUCGAUAAGCUCUCUGCCAUGAUUCCUACAUGUAACCCCAUGUCUCGCAAGCUGGACAAACUUACUGUACUCAGAAUGGCUGUGCAGCACCUCAAAUCUCUCAAAGGGUCAUCCAGCUGCUUUUCCCAAAGCAACUGUAAACCAUCAUUCCUUCCAGAAGAGGAGCUCAAACAUCUUGUUUUAAAGGCUGCUGAUGGGUUUUUGUUCGUUGUGGGCUGUGAUCGUGGAAAAAUAGUUUUUGUCUCGGAGUCUGUUACCAGGACACUAAAUUAUAGUCAGGCGGAGCUGAUCGGACAAAGCUUGUUUGAUUAUAUUCACCCUAAGGACAUGGGAAAAGUGAAAGAGCAGCUUUCUGCUACCGAAUUAUACCCUCGCGAAAGGCUAAUAGACGCAAAAACUGGUCUGCAGGUCCAGGCUGACCUCCCAGUUGGGGGGUCGCGUCUCUGUACAGGUGCUCGCCGCUCCUUUUUUUGCCGUAUGAAGAGUAACAAAAUUUCUGUAAAAGUGGAGGACAAGGAAUUCCAAGCAGGCGGCUCCAAAAAGAAAGAGUCACAGAAGUACUGCACAGUCCACUGUACAGGCUACAUGCGCAGCUGGCCCUCAAGUCAGCUGGGGGCUGAGGGGGAGGGGGAAGUGGAUAAGCAGGAUUGCUCCUACUUCAGCUGUCUGGUGGCAGUUGGACGUGUCCACUCCCACACUUCUCCCCAAGUUAACGGGGAGGUCAAAGUGAAGCCCAUGGAGUUCGUCACGCGUUACGCCAUGGAUGGCAAAUUCACUUUUGUUGAUCAAAGAGCAACAACCAUUCUUGGUUAUCUUCCACAAGAAUUACUUGGGACGUCCUGUUAUGAGUACUUCCAUCAAGAUGACUUAGCACAUUUGACCGAGAGACACAGAAAAGUUCUUCGAACGAAAGAGAAAAUAGAAACAAACUGCUACAAGUUCAAAACAAAAUGUGGAUCGUUUGUGACGCUUCAGAGUCAGUGGUUUAGUUUUGUAAAUCCCUGGACCAAGGAAGUGGAAUACAUCGUGUCCACCAACACAGUCAUGUCGUAUGAGCACAGUCGAAUGGUUCGAUCAGGAAAGAAGGGGGAGAAGACCAGCAAUUCAAAGACUUCUGAUGAAGAAGGCAAGAAGUCCCUUCCAAUAAUCCCCGGCAUCUCCACGGCAGCAGGCGCAAUGAUUUAUGCUGGAAGUAUUGGGACCCAAAUCGCGAAUGAGCUGAUGGAUUUGAACAGAACCAACUCCUCACCUUCCAGUGGUACUGUCAGCCCCUUCAGCACACCCCAGGACAAGUCUCCCCAAACUCUCAACCUUCCCAGCAACAAUGUGCCAAACGGAGAGUCAACUGACGUUGAGAUGCCAGAAAAGUCCGGUUCUGAAGAUGAGCCACAUGGGGCAGCACUGUCAGCCGGAGAGAUUAUGGCAGGCGAGAACUCACAGCUGGACUUGGACAGCGUGGUUGUGCCGGGCCUGAAUCAUUUGAGCAACGACGAAGCGGCCAUGGCGGUGAUCAUGAGUCUCCUGGAGACAGACACAGACCUGGGCGAAGCUGUGGACUUCGAAGAGAUGCAUUGGUCGUUAUAGGAUUCAACCCUCAACUCUGUGGAGCAAUGACACUGGAAAUGUUUUGUGUGGUUUUUUUUUUUUUUUUAAGAACUGUGACACAUGCUGGAAUGCUGACUCAGAGGCAGCCUUUUUAAAGACCCGUAUUAAUUUGAUGAUACCGUUUCACAACAUAAGCUGCGUUGUCUUCUUGUGACUGCUCAGACCAGCGAAGGGACGUACCACCAACGAGGACGUAGUGUUUUCAUGCAUGUGCCUCGGAUGCCUUACAGCAGCCCGUCUGCCCUCUGAUUAUUUCCCCCAUAUGGCUUCUGUCACACUGACCAUCUAGUGUUUGAAGGCUCACUGAAUCAAAAAGUCAAACCUCAUGGCUUUGGUUAUUUACCCAUUUUUUUUUCGUCUGCAUCUGUCAAGUAGUGAUGCAUUAAAAGUUACAGUAAAUUAAUUUUUAAGAAGGUACUGUAUUGGUAGUCUGCAGGACUCGGACCCACUCCAGUUCAUUAUCAGCCAGCCAAGUGAGAUCGCACAUCCCUCACCUCAAACCAAUUCUCACAGCGUUUUACAUGGUGAACUUUGGUGGGUGAACACUUGAAUAGUCAUCAUGGAUUUGCUAUGUCUUCAGGAUGUCUUAACUGGGCAGUUGGAAGUGGGUGUGUAUUUUGAUGCAGUGUAUGCGUCCAUAAACCUCGCCCACCCACAGUAUAAUGCAAGGGUGGGCAAUCCGGUCCUCAAAGGGCCGUGGUGGUGCAGGUUUUUCUUCCAACCAAACAAGCUCACACAGUUUGACCAAUGAAGUGGAGGUGACUGACUGAGUGAUUGUACCCCUAAGACACCUGUUGGUGAAAAAGUGUCCUCUUGAUUGGUUGGAACAAAAACCUGCACCCACUGCGGCCCUUUGUGGAACAGUUUGCCCACCCCUGGUAUAAUGGGUGGAAGGGUAGGAAGGCAGCCAUGUCGAAAGGGAGGCCCUUGGAAUAUGGCUUCUGCACUUUGCGUUCCUUAAAUUGGCCUUAAUUUAAUGAGAAAGUUUCCACCUCUGGUUGGGUGUGACCACUGAGAAAUGACAUGACACCGCACAGGAAGUAAAAUUUGUAUCAUGACCCAUGCUCUGUAAACCUAGGUGAAAGAGACAUUUUAGUUGCUUUGGGCCGCUUUUUGUCACCACUUUAGGAUGUUCUGUAUUCUGGGUAGUUCAAGUUUGAUGUUCAGACAGCUGUGAAGCCCGUUGACCCCUAUAUCUAAGGCGACCGAGCACUGGUUUACUUCCUUAAAGUGCCCAAUUCUCAUGGCAAACCAUUGGAUUUGCCCCAAUAAAGAGGUCAUGAGGGGUCCCUGUUCCAUGCCAUGGGGAUACGUCUUUGCUUGCUUUGUUCUCGCCCUUGUUUGUCACACCUACCUGGAGAACUUGUACCUAAUAAGAAAGAUGCCUCUUUUAUACACUCUGUAAUGUUGGGGAUUUAGCAUCGGUUCAUGGAUUGGUGGCAAUAUAUUCAGGUGCUGACCCCAUCACCUGCUUAUGUUUGGAUGUGUGUAAGUCCACGCCUCCCUUCUCUGCACCCAGUGCUGCCUGUGAAUCAGGAUCUAAGGCAGGCUUAUUUGUAUCCAAAUAAGCUGGGUGGUUGUAAAUGAGUCAGAAGUUGUUACUACCAGGGCAUCGUUUUUGUUCCUUUCCAUGGACAACUUUCCUCAGUUUCUUUGAAAUCUUUGUCUUUUUGAUGUGGCUAAACUUUUUGGCAACAGUAUAUGUAAGUAACCGAUCAAACUUUUUGUUCUAAACCCUAACUGCUUUUGUUAGUUCAAACGUUUCAAGCUGAUUUUCUUACGUCCUUUAGUUUUGUAUUCUUGGUUGCGGUUGGCGUUACUCACUUCCACACCAGCAAUAGCGUUUGUUGUUAAUAUAAUUGUGAAGUAUGCACUGGUGUGUAACCAAACAUGAGCAUCAUAAGUGAAAGGGACUUCAUUCUGCAGUCAUCAUUCCAUUGAUAUUACAUUUUCCAUCAGCUGUCGGCCGUUUAUCGUACACUGAGGUGUCUGUGCCAUGUCCUGAAUUGACCAUGCUGCCGUUUACCUCACAUCAGGACUUGCACGUGAUAAACUUUACUCUCCAAACUCUGUCGGGCUGCGUUACAAUAGCAGAACGUCUUGAGUGUUUGCUCAGUGUUCGUGUAACUUUUACAUGAAGUAUCCAACCCUUAUGAACAUGCUGAGCUCAACCCAGUGAAUUGGCUGUACUGACCUGAUGCCAAAUAUCAAUGAAAUAAAUGUCUUUUUUAUACUUUUUUGGGUGCAUAAUAAUAACUUUAUGAUUUAAAUUGUCAUAGUUUGUCAUUCAUCUGCUAGUGAAGUCAGAUUUCCUUCAAAGUUGUGUCCAAACAGUGCUGAAUCGUGAUUCCCUUGUACAUCGACAAACUGAUCUAUAAAAAAAUGUGUAAUUUACUUGAGUAAAUUUUAUUUAUUUAUAGCAUGUGAGAUGUUUAAAGAGGGAACGUGAUGUGAAUAUGUGUUAUCUCUGCAAAGCUUGAAUCACGAGGAGCAGAACAUGUGAAUGUUUUCCGGUCCUCCUGCUUGUGUCUAAAGUGCCUUUUGGUCAAGUCUGACCAGACGCAUUAUUAACCUGACAUUUGAAGUCCUCUUCUGACCGACACAUUAGCAGUCAAGGAUGUGUGUGUUCGUUACGAAAAUGUCUAGUUGGAUGGACUAUGAAUAUCAGUGGAAGUUCGACCUGUGCAAGCCAGUGUUCGUCACUACCUAACCAAACAAGCUGUUGUAAGGGGUCGUGCCAUAGACACAGACUGGUCCUUCAUGAGGGCGAACAGUCAUGUUUUGUAAUGUUUUUUUGUGUUGUACGACAAUUGCACUGUUGGCUGAUGAAAUCAUGUCCGACACCUGACCUGCUCGCUUAUUGGAAGCCUUGCAGAGAACAUGCUUCUGACUUCUUUAUCCAUUUCAAAUAAACCAGUAGAUUUUUUGUACACAA